AUGUCAGCUCGCAAGGAUUAUAGCUAUCGGGAAGACGAAGACGGGGAAAUACCCGCGUUAGUUGGAGGAGAUGAACAAAAUUUAAAAGAGCUUUUGAACGCUGUUAGUUCCGAUGGUGGGACCGGACUUGUUUCUGACAAGAAACUUGAACAAGCUAACAUGCAGUUGGAAACAAGUAAUGUCGUAAGUGCGAAACAAAUUCCAGUUACCAUUAUAACGGGGUAUUUGGGUUCUGGGAAGUCGACAUUGCUAGAAAAAAUCGCUUUGAAAGGGUCCGACAAAAAAAUCGCUGUUAUUUUGAAUGAGUUCGGUGACUCCAGUGAGAUUGAAAAGUCGAUGACAAUUCGUGAGGGAGGGAGUGCUUACGAGGAAUGGCUUGAUUUGGGCAACGGAUGUCUAUGCUGCAGCAUGCAAGACGUGGGUGUCAAAGCAAUCGAAAGUUUGAUAUCGCGCUGUCCUGGAAAAAUAGAUUAUAUCUUGUUGGAAACUUCUGGUAUCGCAGACCCACAACCAAUUGCAAAAAUGUUUUGGCAAGACACUGGUCUAUACAGCAAUGUUUAUUUGGACUCGAUCGUCACGGUUUUGGAUGCGGAAAAUGUGCUAAAAUGUUUAGAUGAUGUUUCGCCUGCGACACAUUGGCACGGCGAAAGUGUCGCAUUAGAGAAGAACAUGACUAUUUCGCAUUUACAAAUUGCCAUGGCUGAUUCUAUUGUGCUGAACAAGAUGGAUAGACUGAAUAAUAGCGAGACAGUACGAAAAGUCGAAAACAAAGUUCGUGAGAUCAACUCCAUGGCCCCGAUACACCACGCCAGCUACGCUGAAAUUCCGCUGGACAAAGUGUUAGAUUUACACGCAUUUGACACCGUCAAAUUUGAGAAUUCUCCACAGGGUACCCUUCACGACCCUCGUAUCAGCACAGUUACCCUAGAGUUCAAGCCGCUGGCCAGUGAAGAUGAAUUUCAGGACUUACUCGAGAAAUUCUUGCGCGUAGUACUUUGGAAAGGGUUUGGAUCGGAAAUUCAAGGCGAUUGGGAAAUUCUAAGGACGAAGGGGCUACUUCGUGUCGGUGACACCUGCAAGAUAAUACAAGGCGUACGAGACACUUUUGACGUUAUGCCCGGUCGCAAUUCAGAGGAAACACAAUGCUGUAAAAUGGUUUUUAUCGGGAAAAGCAUCACCAAGCAGAUUUUGUUACAGCUUUUGUUCCAAGUGAUAGACGCUUUUGACUCCUGA